AUGUCUUGCUACAAGGGAAAGUACGCUGAUGAACUUAUUGCCAAUGCUGCAUACAUUGGUACCCCUGGAAAGGGUAUCCUUGCCGCUGAUGAGUCUACUGGCACAAUUGGCAAGCGACUAGCUAGCAUCAAUGUUGAGAAUGUUGAGACCAACCGGAGGGCUCUACGCGAGCUUCUCUUCACCGCUCCUGGUGUUCUUCAAUACCUGAGUGGAGUUAUCCUUUUUGAGGAAACUCUAUACCAAAAGACUGCUGCAGGUAAACCUUUUGUUGAUGUAUUGAAAGAGGGUGGUGUCCUCCCCGGAAUUAAGGUCGACAAGGGUACUGUUGAGCUUGCAGGAACCAAUGGUGAGACCACCACUCAAGGUCUUGAUGGCCUUGCCCAACGUUGCCAGCAGUAUUAUAAAGCAGGUGCUAGAUUUGCUAAAUGGAGAGCUGUGCUCAAUAUUGGUGCCAAUGAACCAUCACAGCUCUCUAUCAAUGAAAAUGCCAAUGGUUUAGCCCGUUAUGCAAUCAUAUGCCAAGAAAAUGGUCUUGUUCCUAUUGUUGAGCCUGAGAUCCUUGUUGAUGGUUCUCAUGACAUUAACAAGUGUGCUGAUGUCACUGAGCGUGUUCUUGCUGUUGUCUACAAGGCACUGAAUGACCACCAUGUCCUCCUCGAGGGAACUUUGUUGAAACCAAACAUGGUGACUCCGGGGUCAGAUGCACCCAAGGUUGCGCCAGAAGUGGUUGCUGAGCACACUGUUCGUGCCUUGCAACGUACAAUGCCUCCUGCAGUUCCCGCCGUGGUGUUUUUAUCUGGUGGACAGAGCGAGGAGGAGGCCACUCUGAACCUUAAUGCCAUGAACAAACUGAAGACCAAGAAGCCAUGGACCCUCUCUUUCUCAUUUGGACGUGCUCUCCAGCAGAGCACACUCAAGGCUUGGGCUGGGAAAGAUGAAAACAUCAAGAAAGCUCAGGAUGCUUUGCUUACAAGGUGCAAGGCCAACUCGGAAGCAACCCUGGGAACUUACCAGGGUGCUAGUGCAUUGAGUGAGGGUGCCUCCGAAAGCCUCCACGUCAAGGACUACAAGUACUAA